UCUCUAUAUUGAAAACAUAACAUGAGCCUAUUGGUAAUAGAUCUUGAUUAUGUUAUUCUUUCAAAGGUUUUCUUUCAGUUGUGCAGAUCUUUGUAAGUGGAUGCAUAAUUCACAUGAAGCUAUCUCUUAUCCAUUGUAACCUUUGUUGCACAAACAACACCAUUUUUCAAUUGACUUCAUGUAUUGCACAAAUUGAUGCUAAAAAUAGACCAUUGUUUUUUCCCUAAUUUACCUUCCACACAUCUUCGGCAUGCCCAUUGCACACCAAGGUGCAAUUGCUAGUUAAAUAUUUAUUUAUGUUUUACAUUUAUAAUUGAAGUAUGGUCUUUUCAUAAAAAAAGCAUGGCUUGAUAAUCUACUAGUUGCGUGUAAGACCGAGAUGACCGACUCAAAGCUUACAUUAUUCAUUUGUUUCCCUCGCACAAACUAUCAUUCAUCUGCACAGCUUCUCUUAAAAAUGGCCAUGCUUCAUGUUUUUAUUUUUCUGCUACUGGGCUGUGGGGUAGCACAGAGCAGCAAGCUUGUAAGAGUAAGUCCCUUACAAUUCAGUGGCGAGGACACACAGGAGGAGGAUGAGGAGGACUGCUCUGUGGCUAAGCCAAGGAAAUCGAGCACAAGCAUUCCUCUCAUGCAUGUCCAAGCCAAGUGCUCCCCUUUCCGCAACGAAAAAUCAACGUGGCUCUACACCGUGUUGGAGUCAAUAAAUGGCGACGAGCAGCGCUACCGCGCAAUAACGCGAGCAGCAACGAGUUUCACCACACAAGAAGACGCCGUCCUUCCGUUGGCUAUAAAAAACGGAGACUACAUAAUCAAUCUGGGCUUCGGCACGCCCCAGCAGAGCUUUUACACGUUGGUCGACACAGGCAGUGACAUCACCUGGAUCCCCUGCGCAACCUGCACCGAUUGCGCAGGUGACGUGUUCGACGCCUCCAAGUCAUCCACCUACAAAUACCUGAGCUGCUCUUCGGAGACGUGCCAGGCACUGGGCAGCACUCCAACCUGCGGGAAUUACAAGUGCAGCAUUAAACAGACCUACGGCGAUGGAUCAGAGGUAACCCAGCUGCUCUCCACGGAAUCCCUUGCCGUGGCUUCGCAGUCCAUGCCGGCCUUUGUUUUCGGCUGCGCUACAGAUCGGACAGGUCUUAUCACUUCCACGCCCGGUUUGGUCGGGUUUGGCAGGGAGUCGAUCUCGUUUGUUUCGCAGACGGCCAAUCUGCUCCAAAAAACCUUCUCUUAUUGCAUCCCGUCUUCCACGGCCACGGGUUGCCUUUCACUAGGUAAAUCCACGCUUUCAUCCUCCGGACUGCAGUUUACGUCCCUCUUGACCAACUCUGCCAAACCUUCGUUCUACUACGUGGCGUUAAACGGAGUCUCGGUUGGAGAAGACCGCGUGGCUGUAGCGGCGAUGGAGCAGUCAAGCGGGAAAGGGACAAUUAUAGACUCGGGAACAACUAUUACUCGGCUGGCAGAACCCGCUUACGGUUCUGUGAGGGACUCUUUCGUUCGUCAACUCUCUAAUCUCAGUCGAGCUGCUCCCUACUCGAUCUUCGACGCGUGCUUCAAUUUUCCCUCGAGGGAUGUGGAUGUGCCUGAGAUCACGUUGCAUUUUGAUAAAGAUGUGGACGUGCCUCUGCCGCCCACUAAUUAUUUAAUUAGCACGAAUGUGCAGGGGUCGGUGGUAUGCUUGGCUUUGGCUCCACCUCCUAAGAGCCUCUCGGAUUCGGGAGUAUCUAUAUUGGGGAGUUUCCAGCAGCGCGACUUCCAAGUGGUGUAUGACAUUCCUGCCUCUCGGCUUGGAAUCGCUCCUCAAAGCUGCAAAGGUUGUUAGAUGAUUACAUAUUCCUCUGCAAGCUUCUAAACAGCCCUACCUAUAUAAGCUCUAGUUUGACUACUUGAAGAAUAUGGUUCUCUGAAUGACCAUGACUAAUAUAUAUAUAAAUAUGUACAUAUAUAGGCUACUGUUUGAUCAUAUGAAGAAUAUGGUUUUCUCAACGAC